UGGGGGAGGGAGUAGCAGCUCUCCUGCGGAAGUGAGCAGGAUGUGGGUGACAGGAAGAGAAACAUAUGCCUCGAUGCAAUCCCAGCCAUUGAUUCGGUGCAAAGUCGCAGCAGCUUCAUUCGCCUCACUGAAAAUGCUAUCGUCCUCAUCAACCCUAAAAAGCCCUAACCCUAGCUUCCACUGCACUACCAUAGCCACCUCAAUUGUAACUCCUAAAACCCCAAACCUCACCCUUUCUUCAAACCAUACUAUCUCUCUCUCCAACCCACGCUUCUCUCCUCAGAGCAUGACCCCCGUCAAGUGCUUCUCUGCAACUGUUAACCCCAUCGCCGGUUUCAAAACACCCGAGUCGAGAGACGCGGAGAGCGAGGCGAGUGAGUCGACUCAACAGCCUCUCGUGGUGGUAUCCUUUUACAAGUUCGCUGAUUUCCCUGACCACGCUGAUUUGAGGAAACCUCUGAAGGACCUCUGUCAGAAAUUGCGUGUUUCAGGUGGUAUAAUUCUUGCUCCAGAAGGUAUUAAUGGCAGCAUAUGUGGGACCCGUGAGUCAGUGGAGGAAGUUAUGGAAUUCAUUCAGAUUGAUAAAAGGCUCAAGGGGCUCAGACGAGUGGAGUCACCUGUUAGCCCUGAGGAAGAAGCUAUACAUCAUGGACACAGUAGCAGUUCUCCUCUUGCAGCAGGCGAAGAUACACCCUUUCGAUGGGAUCAUGUGAGGGUCAAAUUGAAGAAAGAGAUUGUUUCUCUGGGCAUGCCUGCUGUAUCACCAAUUGAAAGAGUGGGAAAAUAUGUCAACCCAAAGGAUUGGAAUAUGCUGAUUAGUGACCCAGAUACGGUGGUGAUUGAUGUGCGCAACGACUAUGAAACUAGAAUUGGGAGGUUCAAAGGAGCAGUUGAUCCGUGUACAACAGCUUUCCGGAAGUUCCCAUCUUGGGUUGACGAUCAGUUCCAACAUGGUGAACUAGAAGCUCAGUUGGAGUGUGAUGAUUUAGAUGAAAGCAAACAUCCUAAUCUAGAGAAUCAAGGACGGAAAGCGCCACCCCGGGUUGCAAUGUAUUGCACAGGAGGGAUCCGAUGUGAGAAAGCUUCAAGUUUUCUCCUCGGCAAAGGUUUCAAAGAGGUUUAUCAUCUCGAAGGCGGUAUUCUUAAAUACCUGGAGGAAGUCCCAAAGACAGAGAGCCUAUGGGAGGGGGAGUGCUUUGUGUUUGACAAGCGAGUCUCGGUUGACCACGGAUUGGUACAAGGAACAUUCAAGCUCUGCUACGGGUGCAAGCAACCGGUGAGCGAUGCUGACAUGGAAGCUCCAGAGUGGGAGCGCGGAGUUACUUGCCCAUACUGUUACUCUUCAAAAUCUGAAGAGGAGAAAGAGAGGGCAAGAGCUAGACAAAGGCAGUUUCAGACGUGGGGCAUUAUUGGUGGUCCGGACAAGGGUCGUCGGCCAACAAAAACAAGUGAUGACAUUUCUCGUGUCACCCCGAUGUCUAAAUCCCUGUAGUUGCGAACAAUAUACGAACAGAGUGGAUUUUUUUCUUUCAUGUUUUGACAGAUGCUUACGGGCACAAUGUCUUUUUCUCUUGUUCUCCUGACUGUUGUAUUCCCUCUUAUUAAGGGGAGUGGUAACUCGGGGCAUUUGCUACAAUGGUGAAUGGCUUUAAAUUGUACCCUCUA